UAAAUAACUCACAGAUCAUCUAAUUCUCCUUCAUUCGAUUCUAGAGUAAGUUCAAAAAAAUGUCAGGAAGAGGAAAAGGAGGGAAGGGACUUGGAAAAGGAGGAGCGAAGAGGCACAGGAAAGUUCUGAGAGACAACAUCCAAGGGAUCACGAAGCCUGCGAUCAGGAGACUCGCUCGCAGAGGAGGCGUGAAGCGAAUCAGCGGAUUGAUCUACGAAGAAACGAGAGGUGUUCUGAAGAUCUUUCUCGAGAAUGUCAUCAGAGACGCCGUCACUUACACUGAGCACGCGAGGAGGAAGACGGUCACGGCGAUGGAUGUUGUUUAUGCUUUGAAGAGGCAAGGACGCACUCUCUAUGGAUUCGGUGGUUAAUUUAUCUGGUUUGGUGUGUGCUUGUUGCUACUGAUUUAAGUCUUGCUGUCAAGAAAUCUAUAGUGUUUGGUCGGUUCGUUUCUUUGUUAGUGUUUUUGUAAUUGCAGUACUGUAAUGAAAGUUCUAUUACUCUA